AUGCCGGGCUUUCGUUCUUUCGCGAGGCCAUGCCUGGGCCGGCCUCUGGGCCACUUCGAGCAGGGUCGGGGCCACAAGGCGCGGGCCGCGGCGGCGGCCCUCGCCCAGCUGGGGGCCGCCGGCGGUCGCGCCGACAUCGUGGGGUACGACUCCGUCUCGGCCGUGCUGUUCCCCUACGGCGCCAGCUUCGUAGCUGCGCCUGCCGGGGCCAACACGACGAUUGCGGACAUCUCGGCGGUCGGCUUCGUGUCUGCGAGGCAGGUUGUGCUGCUGGCUGACAGGUCCCACUUGUAUACGGCAAACCUGACGUUCGGCGACGACCGCGGCCUUCGGGAGGUGGAGUUCCUGUCGGACACCUACCUGAACUAUGCGAGGUGCCGUCUGGCUAGGCGACGAUGCCCCCAGUAG